GUUUACAAGCCGCGUGAUCUCUAUUCUCUAGCCGCGAACCACUCAAGAGAGAAAAAGCGGGACGAGAAAAUAACCACAUCAGCCGUUAGCAAUUACCAUUAUCAGGGUUUGUUUCAAAACAAAGAAAGAAGGAAGGAAAACUCCAAAUCAAAGGAGAGAGAUAGAGAGACAGACGACAGACAAGACACAAAAAGCGGAGUGCCCGCAAAUGCAAUGAUGGAAGCAAGCAAGCAAUCAUCAAAAAACAACAGCAGGUCCACUACUACUGCAACAAAUUCAAAUCUUUUUCAGUAAUGGCUGCUCCUCUUUCAAGAAACAAGGCUCCAGCUCGCUUAUCUUCCUCUCCCCUCCUUUGGAUCAUUGCCUUGGCCUCCCUCACCGUUUUUUUUCUUUACAAGGUAGAUAAUUUGGCAUUACAAACAAAAACGGUAGCGGGUCACAACUUACCACCGACACCAUGGCAUUUGUUUCCUCCCAAAAACUUCGACGAUCAAUCCCGUCAUGCUCGAGCUUACCAAAUUCUACAUUGUUCAUACCUAACAUGCCCGUAUUCCAACACUACCGUUUCGAAAGGUCACGGAUUCAACUCCCCCUCAUCGAGCCCCAAAUGCCCUAGAUUUUUCAUGUUUAUCCACCAUGAUCUGGAGCCAUGGGCCCAAUCACGGAUAACCGUGGAUCACAUAAUGGGGGCCAAAAAUUAUGCGUCCUUUCGUGUUGUCAUUUAUAAGGGGAGAUUGUAUUUGGAUCCUUAUUAUGCGUGUGUUCAAAGCCGAAUGAUGUUUACAAUAUGGGGAUUUUUGCAAUUGUUAAAAAGGUAUCCUGGGAUGGUACCUGAUGUCGAUAUUAUGUUUGAUUGCAUGGAUAAGCCUAGUAUUAACAAAACUGAACAUGAUUCCUUCCCUUUGCCGCUCUUUCGGUAUUGCACUACCAAGGAUCACUUUGAUAUUCCAUUUCCUGAUUGGUCUUUCUGGGGUUGGCCAGAGGUAAAUAUAAGACCGUGGGAUGAGGAGUUUCGAGACAUUAAACGAGGUGCCCAAGCUCGAAGUUGGCCAAAGAAAUGGCCUCGAGCUUACUGGAAAGGGAAUCCAGAUGUUGGUUCUCCUACUCGUACUUCGCUGCUGGAAUGUAAUCACACUAAGAAGUGGGGGGCGCAAAUUAUGCGUCAGGAUUGGGAAGAAGAAGCAAAAGGUGGUUAUGUGAGCUCGAAACUAUCACAUCAGUGUGAUUAUCGGUACAAAAUCUAUGCCGAAGGCUUUGCGUGGUCUGUGAGCUUGAAAUAUAUUAUAUCCUGCGGUUCUCUUGCACUGAUAAUUUCCCCACAGUAUGAAGAUUUCUUCAGCCGUGGCCUCAUUCCUGAGAAAAACUAUUGGCCUGUCUCUUCUGAUGGGUUAUGCCAGUCCAUAAAGUUUGCUGUUGACUGGGGUAAUACAAACCCCACAGAGGCACAGAAAAUAGGAAAAGCAGGACAGGAUCUUAUGGAAAGCUUGAGUAUGGAUCGAGUUUAUGAUUACAUGUUCCACCUCAUAUCGGAGUACUCCAAGCUGCAGGACUUCAAGCCUGUCCCGCCAUCUUCCGCACUUGAAGUGUGUGUGGAUUCCCUGACUUGCUUUGCUGAUGAGAAACAAAAGCGGUUCUUUGAAAGAGCUACUGCCUUCCCUUCACCAAGCCCCCCAUGCACUCUUCAACCUGCCAAUAGUGAUUUCAUCAAGAGUUGGAUGCAACAGAAACAGAGAACAAUCACAAAUGUGAGAGAAAUGGAGUUAAAAGCUUGAAGAGAGAAGACAAUUAAGGACAGGAUUACACCAUCAAGCUUGUAAACUAGAACCAUUUUUUGCAGGUUUAGAGUUGCUUAUAGUUUGUGUUUUGUUUCCAUAUGAAAUCAAGAGUUACCACUUUCGCUUCA